AUGGUGCAUGUCUACACGGCGUCAAGAGAUGGCAAGACCAACUUCCUGAAGAUCCACGCUCCUUGGAAGGUGCUUGUGAAAUACGCAGAGAAGCUUCACCUCCGGAUGCCAAUCAAGAAGCGGGGCAAAGUGGUCGCAUUCCCCACAGUGACUGUUGCGAAGGGGGAGAAGCCCGUCUUACCAGACCUCAAAUAUCUUGAGAGUGAAGCAACCGAAGUAGAAAACGACGGCAAGCCCAAUGCGCUGGAAGCCCUGUGGGCCAAACUUUGGACGCCUUUCCCUUAUAACAAGGAACUCAUACCUGACGAAACACAGUACUUCAACGCCGAGUUUGUGCGUCAGCGAGAGCACAUGUACAUAAUAAAAAACAAAGAGUCAUUUUUCUCGCAAGCCAUUCGGAGCCGGAUUGCGUGGGAAGUACUUAUGCGAACUACUUACGAUGACAAUGAUCGACAAAAAGGCAUUUACAGGCUCCUCAACGAACAGGUCUAUCUGGCAGCUUACCCUCUGCAUGACAAGCGGGGCAAAGUGGUCGCAUUCCCCACAGUGACUGUUGCGAAGGGGGAGAAGCCCGUCUUACCAGACCUCAAAUAUCUUGAGAGUGAAGCAACCGAAGUAGAAAACGACGGCAAGCCCAAUGCGCUGGAAGCCCUGUGGGCCAAACUUUGGACGCCUUUCCCUUAUAACAAGGAACUCAUACCUGACGAAACACAGUACUUCAACGCCGAGUUUGUGCGUCAGCGAGAGCACAUGUACAUAAUAAAAAACAAAGAGUCAUUUUUCUCGCAAGCCAUUCGGAGCCGGAUUGCGUGGGAAGUACUUAUGCGAACUACGUACGAUGACAAUGAUCGACAAAAAGGCAUUUACAGGCUCCUCAACGAACAGGUCUAUCUGGCAGCUUACCCUCUGCAUGACGGUCCCUGUGGCAGCGGAUCGUUCGAUCCUCUUACAGAAGUUCCUACUGAACGAAGGCUACUCUACAGCGAAUGGGCCCGACCGGCAUCCUGGUACAAGCAGCAGCCGUUGGUCCUAAUCAGGCGCUACUUCGGCGAGAAGACUGGCCUCUACUUCGCCUGGCUAGGUUUCUACACGUCCAUGCUAUUUCUCCCCGCUGUAGUGGGCGUUAUGACGACGUUGUACGGAAUCUUCGAAAUGGCCACAAACACGCCUACGAGAGAGACCUGCGACCCCAACAUCGCCGGAAGUUUCGUCCUCUGUCCUGGCUGCAAGAAGCGUUGUACUUAUGACUACCUUUACACUAAGUGCACUUUUAGCAAGAUCGUGUACAUGUUUGAUAACCCGGCCACCGUUGGUUUUUCAAUAUUCAUGGCACUUUGGGCCACCAUUUUCAUAGAGCUCUGGAAAAGACGCCAAUGCGUCCUUGGCUGGGAAUGGAAUCUCGCCGAUAUUGACACGCUCACGCAAUACACUCUUCCUUAUUUCCCACGCAUACCGGGACGGCAGUCGGCUCAAGACGUUGUUAACCCGGAGUACGAAGCCAAGGCAACCGUGUACAAGCUGAAUCCAGUGACUAUGAGAUACGAACCGUACGUGCCUUUCUGGGAGAAGGCAAUGAGGAUAUCAGGGGCCAAUUCCGUCGUCCUAUUCAUGUUGUGCUUGGUGAUAUGCACGGUGUUCGGCAUCAUCGCCUACCGCAUCAUUCUGGUGGCGCUACUGUCUCGAGACCAGAACUGGCGGGCACUAGCGCAUGUCACUACGGCGGUAACAGCCUCGAUGCUCAACCUGGUCAUCAUCUUGCUCAUGAACAGGGUAUACAGCAAAAUAGCCACGCGGCUGACAGACAUUGAACGCCCGAGGACGCAACGGGAGUACGAAGACAGCUUCACGUUCAAGAUGUUCCUGUUUACCUUCCUCAACACAUACUCUUCGCUGAUAUACAUUGCAUUCUUUAAAGGAAGAUUCUCCGGGCACCCUGGCAAGGAGGGGACACUUUUUGGAUACAGCUUGGACAAGUGCGAAGGUGGCUGCCUGUACGAAGUGUGCGUUCAACUGGCAAUAGUCAUGGUGGGCAAACAAGUCAUCAACAAUAUUCAGGAAAUCGGACAGCCACUGGUCAUGAAUUGGUGGCGCUCCUGGCGGCGGGAUCACAUGGCCCGUGACAGUGGCGAUCGCAAAGGCUCAGUGGCUCGCUGGGAGGCUGACUACGUGCUGGCGCAGUGGCACACGCUCUCACUCUUCGACGAGUACCUGGAGAUGGGCCUUCUGCAGCCUAUUGACAUACACAAGAGCCAUUUACCUCAUCAGUAUCGACCUCCUCGGACCAUCCCCUACAUCUACUUCAGGAACAAGUGGAUCGCAAGAUACGAACCGUACGUGCCUUUCUGGGAGAAGGCAAUGAGGAUAUCAGGGGCCAAUUCCGUCGUCCUAUUCAUGUUGUGCUUGGUGAUAUGCACGGUGUUCGGCAUCAUCGCCUACCGCAUCAUUCUGGUGGCGCUACUGUCUCGAGACCAGAACUGGCGGGCACUAGCACAUGUCACUACGGCGGUAACGGCCUCGAUGCUCAACCUGGUCAUCAUCUUGCUCAUGAACAGGGUAUACAGCAAAAUAGCCACGCGGCUGACAGACAUUGAACGCCCGAGGACGCAACGGGAGUACGAAGACAGCUUCACGUUCAAGAUGUUCCUGUUUACCUUCCUCAACACAUACUCUUCGCUGAUAUACAUUGCAUUCUUUAAAGGAAGAUUCUCCGGCCACCCUGGCAAGGAGGGAACACUUUUUGGAUACAGCUUGGACAAGUGCGAAGGUGGCUGCCUGUACGAAGUGUGCGUUCAACUGGCAAUAGUCAUGGUGGGCAAACAAGUCAUCAACAAUAUUCAGGAAAUCGGACAACCACUGGUCAUGAAUUGGUGGCGCUCCUGGCGGCGGGAUCACAUGGCCCGUGACAGUGGCGAUCGCAAAGGCUCAGUGGCUCGCUGGGAGGCUGACUACGUGCUGGCGCAGUGGCACACACUCUCUCUCUUCGACGAGUACCUGGAGAUGGCCAUUCAGUUUGGUUUUGUCACCCUGUUCGUGGCCGCAUUCCCACUGGCGCCGUUGUUUGCGCUUCUCAACAACAUCGUGGAAAUCCGCCUGGAUGCAUACAAGUACACCUCGCAAAUGCGACGGCCGCUUGCCGAAAGGGUGCCAAACAUUGGUGCCUGGCAGGUGAUACUGAAAGGUGUAUCCAUAUUCGCUGUCAUCUGCAACGCGUUCCUGAUCGCCUAUACCAGUGACUUCAUCCCGCGGAUGCUGUACCGCAUGGUGCACACCAAGGACCACAGCCUGCGCGGGUUUGUCAACUUCACGCUGUCCUCGUUCGACACGAGCGACUUCGAUGACGAGACUCGGCCGGACAACGCCACACUGGACGGAAUCACCGUCCGCCAUUGCAGGUACCUGGACUACCGCGAGCCACCCGGCUCGGGAAGCGAGUACCAGCUGACUCUGACGUACUGGCACAUAUUCGCCGCAAGGCUCUUUUUCGUUGUUGUUUUCGAGCACGUGGUCUUCUUCAUAACGAGUCUGGUGGCCGCCCUGAUACCGGACGUGCCCCGGUCGGUUCAGCAGCGCAUCAAGCGUGAGCAGAUUGUGGCGCAAGACACCAUCGCCGGUCUGGAGAGCGGCCAGCCGUCCCAGCCCCGCAGAGGAUCCAGGAGUGGCUCUUCAGCCCACACUCAUCAAAGGAGUGUGGCCUUGUUGUGGACUGACGUGGAGUCAAGCUCAUGCUCCAGUAAGCAACCAUCGUCACGGUCGGCAACUGCCGGCGUCACUUGAACUGCGUGCGCACUUCGUGGAGAAGGGAUUGUGGUUGUAUACGGAUGGUGCCUAGGCUUGAUCUCCACAGACAUUAUGCGCUUCGAACAGUUGGUUUUCACUGACGCGCCAUGACCGUAGUUGUGAUUUCCCCUCACUCUCUCCGUGCAUUUCAAGACGCAGCUUCUCAGAGGCCUGCAUCGUAAUUCCUGUGUUCAAGGCAAGUUCAGUGAUAUUUGUUGUUCCCACCCGUGCACCUCAACGUCAUCACUUUGCAUCUGGACUCAAUCAAGUAUUCAGCGUCGUUUUGUCUAGUACAGACGACGAUAUUGCUUCAGCCACUGCAGCCGUUACGGACAGCGCAGUAUUCAUUCAAUGACCUGUCUUCAUGACGACGACGGAGUGAUCGUUUGCUUCCAGGAACUGCGUGUACCAUCUAACUCCUAGUACCUACUGCACCGUGACAGCGGACCGUGCAGCUUGUGCUGUGGACUCUCAUUCAUUCCAGUGUACUGAAGGCACGGGUUCAUUCGGCAAGCAUCGCGGGGACUGUACAGUUGGCCAAGCGGGCAGCCUCAGUUCGUGCAACAGUUUUAAUGAGAGAAUCGAUAUUGUGUGCAGCGACCCCUUGACGGCACGACGUCAGUGACAAUGAGGUGGACGCUGUGGAAAGAAUGAAGUAUACUCUGUUUAGUCAUACCUUUGAACUAUGAACCUGUGUGGGUGCCUCGUUUGGGAUGUACUUUCGCAUGCUGGAAAGUACUUUGGGGGCACCGAUUUGUAAAUUUAGCAAAAUAGGUGUCCGCGCAAAGGAAGUGCAGCUGUACAAUUGUGCACCAAAAGCAAGAGAAGCAUGGUUUGCGUUCCUACGACAGCCGAGGAAAAAAAGAGGUCUGGCUCACUCGCUCAUGAACUUCCCAUGCUCCAGCUUCGAGGCUGGACAGCAUGUUCUAAAACUCGGAGGCCAUAUCGUGCGAGACCUGGCAUACUGGCGUCUUGGCGUAGACCUAGCACUCCAAGGCAGAAUGUGCUCCAAUGCACGUUAUGAGGAUAACUCAUAUCUAACUUUUUUUCAUUUACUUGCAGUUCUCGUUUUUUAGCAGAUGUGCGGGGGCAUUGCCAAACACACACGCACGCGCACACGCAUUCAUUGGAGCGAAAACAUCCCAAGCCAGAUGGCAAGACGCAGAAUAAUCUGGAAAAAAGUCUGGAAAAAAAUUCUAGGGGUUUUAUUGCUGUAGAGAUGAUCGAACAUGGGUCUGUAGUUGCUUAGAGUGUGUGCACGCGCCGAUGUAACAUUACUAUGGGCCGCACCGUGAGAGACUUUGUGCAAAGCGCGUGCUCUAACCAGUAUGUGGUGAGCGAAGUCUCAUUCGGAUUAUAUGUUAAGAUGAAGUACUAUGGUGCGUGCCGUUCGGUUCUUACAAAUAACACUUUUUUCUUUAAAAGUUGACGAGAACAACAUCAGCUCCAUCACCGAGCCUUUCUCUACGAUUGUCACUGUAGGCUCCCUAAAGAGCGUACGACGCCUGAAUGGGGUCCUUGUUUUCUUUUUGGUCUCUAUCCUUACUUUCGAGGUAGCAUGCUGGCAGGUAUUAGUAGAAACAAUGAUACAGAAACAUCAACGUUUAUUACGGCUGUCGUCUGUGCAGUCCUGUUCUCAAAUACUCUCAUGCACUGGCUGAUCAAUAGGGUAGAACAAGCGAAACAUCAGCCUGGUGCUGACGUUUCGAAAAGGGCACUUUAAGGUCCUUACGAAGUUAGGUUCCCUUGUAGAAACGUCGUUUCCAAGCUGAUGCUUCUUUUGUUGGCGCCGCGCUGUUGAUAAACUAGUCUUCAUGCUCUCAUAUUGCCUCUCAUAAGCUCCUUGACAUAUGUGUGGUGGUAAUUAUUACAAGUUGUAUUUGGCAUAUUUUGGGGGACUUCUUGUAAGGUUGAUGCUGGUAUGGCCACUAUGAUACGCCAGUUUAUGUAAAUGGGAGCAGGAGUUGCAGGAAAUAAUAUAUCUUAGUCUCAGCGUAACUAAGUCCCUUGUCCGGGACUUCAUACGUGCUCGUACAAAAAUAUGUGGUUGCAUUUACUGCGGGAAGUUCCUUGAAUUAUUUAGUGUCACUGUUGUUGUAACACAUUUGCUGUCGCUGCAGACGGGACGGGUGCGUACAGUGACCGAAUGCAGUGUGUGCUUAAUGUUUUGUGUCCUAUCUAACUGGUUGAAGGUCUGCACCAUACCUUGUCAACAUACCGCGAAGUACAAUCCCGACCUGCUGCACACAUUUUUAGUGCACUAGACUUGUUCUUGCUUUCUCCAUGUCUCUUGGGGAAGCUCCACACAAACAUUAAAAUGAUCGCACAUGCAUGAGCUGUCUGUAUUGACUUUGGUAUAAAUUUACUUUGACUCAUUUAAACUAGAUCAGCAUCUUUUGGCUGAGGAAAGCUUACAUGGGAAAUAAACAAUGGGUGCAUA